AGAACCUUGUCGAACAGGGAUAAUCUUUUGAGAGAUUGGCAGAAAGACGAGCAUUGUAUUGCAUUGUAUUGCAUUGUAUUCCAUGUCCAUUGUCCUCGAGGAGAAAAAGAGAAAGCUUUCAGGGUCUUCAACAGGUUUGAUCACCUUGAUAUUCUAAAGUGAAAGCGCAUUCAACUCCGAGACCCCUCUUGAAGCAAAGAGAAGAGUAUUAUCCUUUAGAGGAUCGAGAACGUUCGAACAGUUCAACAUUUAGAAAUACAGAACCACAGAGAAUGCGUUGCCAUGCGUGGAUAUGUUAACCUACAAGAGAGAUAGGUCUACUUGUUGACGUAAAUACGGAUGUACGGCCAAUUAAUACGAGAGAGAUCCGUACGAUCUGCUGUGUAAGAAACGUGUUGAAAGUGUGCCAACAAACUUGUUUUGAAACACUCUAAUGAAACACAUUAAGUGCGCCUCAUAAAUCUGCCACACAAGAACGUCGUCACUCAAAAGAACAAUAACAUUCGAUGGUUCAUUCCGGUGGAAGUUAUAUGUUGAAAAAUUACAAUCGAAGAGUUUCAGAUAACAGAUAACGAUCUUCAGCAUAUGCCAGACGAAGGAGGUUUGUCUUUGCUGUGAAAUAUACAGAACAGUUGACAAUGAUGCUGAUGCAGUUCGUGUUUGGCGUUGCUCUGCUUCUUCCCAGCGCGGUUCCUGAAGGACUCGUGUCGCUCAUGACCAGCAAGGAAGUGUCUGGACCUCCUGCCAUCACCGAGCUGCUAACUCUACCUGCACCAUCUACAAUCUCCUGCGGUGUUCUGUGUUUAGAGAGACAGGAAUGCUCCUGGUACGUGCGAAAUGGAAGCACUCACACCUGUUCCCUAUACCGAGAGUACAUACCAGCUGAUAUCACACCCCACGUCUUCGAUCAGCACUUCACCGGCACCAUCUUUGGAGUAAACCGCGUGAUGCAGUGCAGCCCUCCUCCACCCAUCGCCAACGGUGCUGUCUCCGCCGCCAGUCAUGAAGAGGGAGAUGUGGCUUACUACACCUGUGACACUGACUAUACAUUUUGCCGUGGUGUGAGUAAAACCACCGUGUGCGACGCCUCGGGGCAGUGGCAGGGCGUCCCCGGGGAGUGUGGCAGGUACAGGUUGACAGAUUUGAGUGGAAGCUACAUUUUCCUAGAUCUCCCAUGUCCUCUGGAGACUGGGGAUAGCAUCACCUGGACUGGCAUCCCCACAAGUGAGCAGGUUUUCAACGUCGACCUGCAUGGACCUCUUGGUCGUCUUCUACACAUACACGUGCGCUUCAACGUUUCUGGUUUCCACAACAAAACUGUUAUAGCUGAGCAAAUAAACGGCACAUGGCAGACGCAUAGCAUAAACACCUAUUUCCCUUUCCAAGUUGGGAAGCUGUUUCGCAUUGUCGCCGUUGUGGAAGACACUUUGUUUCGGGUUCAUAUUGACGGCCAGGAAUUGGGAACUCUUGUUUACGGCACCGUUCUACCACAGAUUGAUAAGCUUGGCUUUGAGCAGUAUGUAGACGCCAGAUCGGCUGAAAUACACUACGCCUGAGGAAACUGCUCACCGGAAACGCAUUUCCAUACAAAUUCUCCUCUCUCCGAGGAGUUAUAGAUGUGCGGAGGCCGUGCGGUUUCCGGAUUAUUUGGUGCUGAAGUGACUCCACAGCAGUACGUGUUCCACUUCAGUAAAACAGAACUAGUCGUGCUAUAGCAGUACGUCUCCCACUUCAGUAAACCAGAACUAGUCAUGCUAUAUUAUAGCAGCAUGUCUCCCACUUCAGUAAAACAGAAAUAGUCGCGCUACAGCAGUAUGUAUCCCACGUCAGCAAAAUAGAAAUAGUCGAGGUACAGCAGUAUGUCUCCCACUUCAGU